GUUUCCGGGUUGAAAGUUCACAAGAGAAUGAGAUGGGCUUGAUGGACGCUCCCUGUUGAAGGAAGCUAAGCAUGGGGAUCUCAUCGCCAGGUCAGUGUUUCGUGAUGUUACGAGCUAUGGCCUCCGUGACAAAAACGCCCGCUAUUAACGUCAACGUUAAGCAUACUUGUGUGUCUCUGACCUCUUUAACAAGCACAGCUACUCUUGUUCGGAAUGUACACUUUGCAUUCAAGUGGUGGGAAGAAGAAAUCUAUGAGGGUGGUGUGAAAUGGAAGUAUCUGCAACACAACGGCCCGUUAUUUGCGCCCGUGUAUGAACCCCUACCUGCAAGUGUUGAAUUCUGUUACAAUGGCCAUCCAAUGAGGUUGACUCCUGCAACAGAAGAAAUGGCCACCUUCUAUGCCAAAAUGUUGGAUCAUGAGUACACUACAAAGAAAAUCUUCAGACAAAACUUCUUUCUUGACUGGCAGAUGGAAAUGAGCGGCUCAGAGCAGUCGAUAAUCACCAACUUAAAUAAAUGUGAUUUUAGCCGUCUUCAUCAAUACUUCACUGAAAAGACAGAGGCCAGGAAAAUGUUAUCCAAGGGGGAAAAACAGAAAUUAAAGAUGAAAGAAGCCAAAGUGACUGAGAAAUAUGGCUACUGUAUAAUGGACGGGCACCGGGAAAGAAUUGCCAACUUCAGAAUUGAGCCACCGGGGCUUUUCCGUGGCCGUGGUGACCACCCAAAGAUGGGAAAGCUGAAGAAAAGGAUCAUGCCAGAAGAUGUCAUCAUCAAUUGUAGCAAAGAUGCAAAGAUCCCAGUGCCACCAGCAGGUCAUCAUUGGAAGGAGGUGCGUUUUGAUAAUAAAGUCACCUGGCUGGCAUCCUGGGUGGAGAAUGUCCAGGGACAAAAUAAAUACGUCAUGCUAAACCCCAGCUCCAAACUUAAGGGUGAGAAGGAUUUGCAGAAGUAUGAGAUUGCCCGGCGCUUGAAGGGCAGGAUCAAUGCGAUCCAACGUGAUUAUCGUGCAGCUUGGAAGUCAAGGGAAAUGAAGACACGACAACGAGCAGUGGCUCUUUAUUUCAUCGACAAAUUAGCCCUGAGAGCUGGGAAUGAGAAGGAGGAAGGAGAGACUGCCGAUACAGUUGGUUGUUGCUCACUCCGUGUGGAACAUAUAAGGCUGCACAAUCACAUCGAUGGCAUGCAGUGUGUGGUAGAAUUUGACUUCUUGGGAAAAGACUGUAUCCGAUACUACAAUAAGAUUCCAGUGGAAAAACAGGUAUUCAAGAAUCUAAAGUUAUUCACGGAGAAUAAGGAUCCUACAGAUUGCCUGUUUGACAGAUUGAACACCUCAAAUCUGAACAAGCACCUUCAAGAGUUAAUGGAGGGACUUUCAGCCAAGGUGUUUCGAACGUACAAUGCCUCCAUUACACUGCAAGAACAGUUGAAAGAAUUGACAAACCCUGACGACAGUGUUGCUGAAAAAAUCCUGUCCUACAACAGAGCGAACAGAGCAGUGGCCAUUCUCUGCAACCACCAGAGGGCACCACCCAAAACCUUUGAGAAAUCGAUGAAAAAUAUUCAGGCCAAGAUUGAUGCAAAAAUAGAACAAAUUGCUGCAGCUCAGAAAGAUCUGAAAAUUGCCAAGAAGGAUUGCAAAGAGAAGAAAGAUGAAAAAUCUGAACAGAUGGUGGAAAAGAAGAAGAAACUUAUCGAAAAGCUGGAAGAACAACUGAAAAAACUGGAGGUUCAGGCAACAGACAGAGAGGAGAACAAGCAGAUUGCGUUGGGCACGUCCAAACUGAACUACCUUGACCCCAGGAUCACUGUGGCUUGGUGCAAGAAAUGGGACAUUCCGAUUGAGAAGAUCUACAAUAAGAUGCAGAGAGACAAAUUUGCCUGGGCCAUCGAUAUGACGAAGCGGGAUUUUAAAUUCUAAAACAAAUGGUCACCUCAAAGCAAUUACUGAAUACCUCAGGCAGUCAAAACAUGUAACAUUAUAAAGAUCUGUGCUUCAUCACUCCUCUAAAUCUGUUUUUGUUAAUUUUGUAUUAGUUAUAAAUUUGUAUGUAAUAUUUUGAUAUGUUUUCUUUGUGCACAUUUGGUAGGAAAUAUUCAUGGAAAGAAUUAAGAUUAAAGUUAAUGAUAAAUACAAGCCUAAUGAAAGUUUCCUUUUAUCUGCAGUGUACAUCCAUAAGCACAUGCAGGAAAUGGCUUGUUUAAAAAAAAGUAGAAUCUUCAUUGUAAGCAUCUUAUGUUAUCUGUAACGUACACUACCACUGCCUGUAUAGACAACUUGGUGCAGGCCAAACUAUGGGCAAUGUCAUUGCUCCAAAUCAAAUGACACAAGUGCAAUAAAACGAGAAGUGUUAAAUGAAAA